UUCUUCUUCUUCUUCUUUGACCCUAGUGGGCUUUAUAAUUCUCCCAGUGACCGAACUAGAUCACCAAAGUUUCCUCAUUCACGACGACACCCUUCAGGCGGAAGUGAAAAUGACCCUGCACAGCCAUUCCGAAGAAGAUCACGAUCCCGUUGCAAUACCAGCAGUGGUAGUGAAUCAGAAAAUUCUAAUAGAGAACAUCGGAAGAAGAGACACAGGUUACGACAAGAGAAUGACAUGGUUGAUUCAGCUCCUCAGUGGGAAGCAGUGCUGAGGCGACAAAAGGGAAAAAACCAACCUGAACCCACCCAUCGGCGCUCCAGGCACAGAUCACGAUCGAGAAGCCCGGAUGUUCAAGCAAAGGAAGAAUUAUGGAAACACAUUCAAAAGGAACUUGUGGAUCCAUCUGGCCUAUCUGAGGAGCAACUAAGAGAGAUUCCAUAUACUAAGAUAGAGACUCAAGGUGAUCCUGUUCGCAUUAGACACUCACAUUCUCCCCGAAGUUAUCGCCACUAUCGACGAUCCCAGUGCUCUGAUGGAGAGAGAUCUGUUCUGUCAGAAGUGAAUGCCAAAGCAGAACUUGUGCCUCCGCUACCAGUUACCCGCUCCUCAGAUGCUCACUGUCCCACCACUGCAGUAUCUCAACAGCGGCGAAAUGGAUCUAAGGACAGCCUGUUAGAAGAAAAGGUACAAACAUCUUUCAACAAUGUGGAUGGAAAACCCAGUGCUAAGACUAUAAAAAUUGUCCCAGCAUCAAGGCUUAAGAUAGAGACCUGAAUUUUAUCACACAGAGGACUGCGAAGGAAUGCUGCAUCUUGAAAUCCAAAUAAACACCUUUAGCUGGAGUUGUUUUUUUUUUAAUUUAAGAGACUGUAAAAUAAUCUUAAGAACAUUCUGGAUUGCUGUGGAGAAGAUGCUGUUUGGGUUUCAGUAAAAAAGAAGGCAGCUGCCAUCAUGAGCAUAAAACUAAAAUGCAAGUUAUCCAGAUAAUAAUGGACAGAUAGCCCAAGUGUUGUCAUUAUAUGAUUUCAAAAUGGAGGCAUCAGUACAGGUUUCCAGAAUCAGUGCAUUUAUCAAAGGUGCAAUAGUAGAUGUUCUUUAUUAUAAGGGCUGUAAUUCAUAUGCCUAUACUUGCCUAGCAAAUACGUACUCCUUUAUUCAACAGUGUUGAAUCUUUUGUUACCUGACAGAACGUCCUUAAUACAAAGAAUUAAUCAUGAACAUUAUUAAGUUAUUCAAACCCAGAUGACCUUUCAAUGAAUUGAUUACAGUUUAAUUCUUAGUAAAAUAAUGUUUUAAAAUACAAUUCAGAAUAUUGCCAAAGUUAUUAGUACAUUUACUUGGUUCUCUAAGCACUGAAUAGUAGUAACCAAUGCAGAAAACAUGGUUUUGUUUGAAAUCUACAGCAAGCAUAUAUGGCAGUUUUUACAGAUCUCCUGGGUAUGGUUGCAGUUUUCUAAACAAGCUACUACUAUAUUUGAGUGAAAUAUAAGACCAGUAUCCUUUUUGUUGGUAUUUCUAAAAUUUCUCAGCAAUAGGCCCGAUAGUGAUGUUACUGAAGGGUAAGGACUGAAUUUUUCCUGUCUUUAUUCCAUUGGAGGUGGGUGGAGGGUGGGGGGUGAUAGGCAUGUAAUGUCUGAAAUUAAUUUGAUUUCCUGCUGAGAAUCAGUAGCUUGCUGAAUUUUGGCAGUACAAUUUUGUAACACUCUGGGAAUAGCAAAAAGAGUUGGGGAACUGUGGAUUCUUCAUUCCUGUAGUGUAUUUGAAAUGAUUCUGCUAUUUAAUUCACAAGACCACUUCCAGCAGAAACAAACAUGGUUAGUACUGGAAGGGACUGUAGGAAAUAGUAGAUUAUACAUGCUGUGCAAAAUCUUUCUGAAGUCCUUGUUAGGCAAGGUGAUAAAAAUACAGAGACCAUUUCCCUAGUUUAUUUGCUUGAAUGAAUAGGUUAGUUGCCCUUCUCUUCCUUUUCAGAGCCAAAUUAAAAUUAAAAAAAAAAAGAGAGAGAAAUAUGAUUUACAAUUACUGCUACCAUAUGUAUCCACUUGAAUUUCUGAACUGCUUUGAAGAUGUGCAUUUAUAAGUACAGCUCAACCAGAAGACAUGUUGAAUGUAGGAAGGAACAUAGGUUUGCUUAGAUCUGACUAUCUAGAAAUUAGUUCUAGAAAAGAAGGUUCCAUCUGAAAGGGGUAUUGUAAAAUGCUGCUAGAGCAGCAAAUUCAAGAUGGCCAUCCUAGAAAGGGCUCCCAAAAUGGUUGCACAAACUCAACUUUUGAUGUGGUAUGUGUGUACUAUUAAAGAUUUGAGAUUAAGAAAAUGCAUCAGUUUUGACAAUGCCGAUUUGAACAAAAUUGCAAUAUGGCAGAAUAUAUGAAAUUGAUUUGCCAUUGCUUUUCUUCUAUUAAAUACUGUUGUUACCAUUUUUCCUAGAUGUUUUUCUGUGUACUUGAUCAUUUAUGGAGGAGAUACAGGCGUUUAAUAUGCAUGUUUUUUUAAGUGAAUGGGUACUUGUGCUAUGUACAUAAAAAUGACUUGAGAUACACAAAUUGAGAAAAAUAAACCACAUACUUUCCAA